UCCACCAAUUGCAAAAGCUGGUCACACUGCCGUUUACACGUGCAAGUUGAAUUUGAAAAGAAAACAUUUUAAUUUUCCGGUAAAACAUGAAGAAAAAGCAGGUGGAAAGUGCAUCCGAGGAUGAGGAAGUGCAGACCGAAGACUCCGAGGCUUCCGACGAGGAGGAGCUCAAGGCAGAGGACUCCGAUGAGGAGGAGCUCGAGGCAGAGGACUCCGAUGAGGAGGAGCUCGAGGCAGAGGAUUCCGAACUGGAUCUGGACGCCAGUGCCACCGAAUCCGAUGAAGAUGAUGACGAGGAGGAAGAGAAAAUCAAACCUGAGCCCAAAAGCCGCGCCGAGAUUAUCGACGAGAAGAUCCACACCAAGUACGAGCAGUUAAAGGGCACGCGGCUGUAUGUCCGGUUCCCCCAAAAACUGCCUCUGGACGUUGAGGAGUUCAAUGCGAAGGUGAAGGCUCUGCAUCCACUGGUGCUGAAGUCCACAAAGCCGCGUCAGAAGCACGCUCGUUUCUGCCUCGUCGAUUUCAAGUCGAAGGAAGACCGCGACCAGGCCUUUAAGGAUAUCAAGGCGUCCAUUGAAAAGGAUGAUAAGUACAAGGGCUUAUUCGUAACCCUGCCCAAGACGGAUUCCGAUGAUUUCGUCAACGAGCUGGUGACCCGCAAGCAGACAUCCGUCGAGAACAAACGCACCAAGGCCCUGAUGAAGCGCGCCACCAAGAAGGUCCAGGCCAAGGGUAACUUCACCUCGUCCGUGGUCAUUACCAACCUGCCAAAGACCAGUUCGAUUGCCCAGGUGCGCCAGCUGUUCCAGGACGCGGUGGACAUUCAAAUACGACCGGGCAAGGGCAAAUUCAGAGACUACAGCACGGCGACCGUAACCCUGCCAACGACCCACGAUGCACGCAAGGCCAUCAAAGAGAAGCUCAGUCUGGCGGGCACGUCACUGGUGUUGCGCUUCAACACUCAGAAGAAGCGCAGCUCCAAGGAUAAGCUCAAGCGGCAGGCCAAGAAUGGGAAGUCCCCUGAAAAGAAAGCGCUGAGUCAGAAACCAACCGAUAAGAAGUCAAAGGCGGAAAAUGGGGAAGCCCCUAAAAAUAUGAGACCAGAAAAAGAUACUAAGCAACAGCCGAAGAAAAGCCUGAAGAGAAAAUCGCCCAAGGAGAAAACACCUAAUAUUAAGACACCCAAAAAGUUAAAGAAACUAAGCGCAGAAUAGAAUGUAGUUAAUGUUUUCUAAUUUAAAUAAAAUUUCCCACUCUUGAUUGACCAUUAAUUAGGUGUAAAAACAAA